AUGGCUUAUUCAUCCCGCUUUUUGGCAUACGGAACGAUGUCAAGUCCUGGCUCGACUUGUGAAGGAUUUGUCCUGUCAGGCAGCGGCUUCUCUACAAUUGAUUUCACGUCACUUUAUUACAAUCCUAUCAUUACAUCAACCACUACGAAAGCCGGCUGCUCUCCUUAUAUCAACCCAAGAGUUUCUUUGCCAGCGGAACUGACGAGCGUCGACCCCCUAUGGAAACGUUGUGAGCCUCUAUAUUAUGGGGCAUUUGAUCCGCCUAGGGUUAUCAGCAAAACUAACGCUCUUUCCCCGCAUAAUGGCCAAGCGGGGCGUGUCACAAAAGCACAAACAAAUGAAUGCCCGACACCACCGCCUAAGCCUGGCCCCUUAAGAGGGCCUGACAAGCCUGAUGCAACGCAAGCUCCAGAAUCGACAUACCUAGAUUCCUUCGAUCAGGUACAUUGUUCCGAUAUACCUCAGGGCGCUGACAAACCAAUGACGAAUUCACAACCCGGUUCCGGUGGACAGAAGCAAGCUGCCCAACCAGACCACAAGCCAGAAGCAAGCCCGACGCCUCUCAACGGUGUUAGCCAAGUCCCAGCACCUGCUGCCCCCAAAGUUCCUAGCCCUCCACAAAAUCCCCCGCAGCCAAAGGCAGCACCGACGCCCCCAAUGCAAGGAUCUCCUGACCAGCACAUUGCUGUCUCCAAAGAACCUGAUAAUACACCUGCACAGCCUAACUUACCCAAGGCAGGGCCGGCACCUUCUAACGUCGCUGCACAGAAGCAGCAACAGGUCAUCCCUGAAAGUUCUAAACUUCAGUCAAAUCCACCGCCGGCGAGCCCACAGCCAGCGAACCCACCGCCAGCUAAUCCGCCACCAGCAAACCCACCACGACAACCAUCUACACCGAAUACCCCAGCACCAAAUCCAACGCGUGAAUCGGAGCCGCUGUCUUCUCAAGAAAAGUCCCACAGCGAGCCAAAAGGCUUCCCCAAAGAUUCUACAACACCAGAUAAUCCCCAGCCAUUACAAGCUAGCUCGACUAAGUCCAAAGAUAAUGGACAUGUUCAACAGCCGGCUGCAAAUCAAGCGGCUACUGCUUCUGAUCUUUCGCAACAGCCAAAGACGGGCCCGGUGCCCGCUCACAAAUCCAAUCAAAUUGAAAAUUUUGUAGCCUCGAUGGCAUCCGAAUUAGCUGGUGGCUCGAAGAAGCCCGCAGGGACGGAAAAGCCUGAAACUUCUAUCCAUCCGCAAUCUGCCAGGGAAUCCCAAGUCCUCAACUCACCCGAAACACCUAAGACCUCUAUUGGUGCUUCACCAAUCGCAUCUCCGAAGAGUUCUGACAUUCUUGAUGACUCUCCGCGAAUUAUUACCUCUGGGAAAUCCCAAGCCCCAAUUGAUCGUCAUCUUGGAUCUAUUGAAGAUUUAAAAUUGUCUCACAACACUAGACAUCCCACUAAUCCAGGAGACAUCUCUAUACUUCGGGAUAUGACCAGUGAUACCCAAAACGACGAGCAUACUCCCAAAACAUCCCAAGCUCCCACCAUUACCGACAACCACACGACCGUCGGAGAUUUCGAAUUCCUAACUAACCUCCAGACUCACACAUCCUCCAAGUCAACUAAGCCUCCCGAUGAUGCUUCAACUACUAUGCCAUCCAAGACUAUAGUCGAAGAAAUGUCACGAAAGGAGAAGGAAAGCUCUCGCACUCAGACUACCCAGCCUUUGCAACAAACUCUUGAAUGUAUCAACAAGGCAGCUACUUCAAGCCAAGAAAUCUCUCACCUCCAUCCAAACCUCACAGUCAGGGUCCAAUUGGACGAACACGCUGAGGCCUACAAUGAGCAAAUUCUUCAGAUCCUCACCCUCAAACUCGCCAAUCAUUACGCCUCACUUGCGAACGCCUUCAACACGCACACAAUCGCUCAUCUCCACGCAACAGUCUGUUAUCAGCAGAUUCGUAGGCUCUUCUAG